UUCCAUUUGUUCAUUGCGUCUGCAAAGUAGGCGUGGCUUAGGCGACGAUAUUCCGGUCAGCUAUUGGUUUGUUUUGCAAACACCAAAAAGAUGCGAGAGGUACUUCACUACAAAAAUUUUUGCUGUGUAUGUUGCGUUACACAGAAUGUAUGGUUUAUCAAGCUGUUUAAACAUAACUUAUUCUAAACUGUGAAGGAUUCUCAUCAGUUAAAAUAAAAUGAGUGAGAAGUCUAUACCCGUGUUGUUGGUCACUGCAAAUGUUGGUUCAGUUUUUGAAGAUCCUUCUGUUAUGCUGAAAAUAUGGACUAAAGAAUUUCUGUCUACUGUUUCGAGGCUCGAACCGAAAUUUUUAGCGCUGCACUGUCAAGAGGUGGGCGGCAAGAAUUAUGAAAGGAGCAUGAAGAAUGUUGAAUACUUUGUAAGGUUACUGAUGAACAGUGAAGAGCUUCGGCUGUUUGACAAAGUUCACGUUUAUCUCGACGAAGACUACUCAUCAGCUGAAAAUUUUACGGCUUUGGGAAACUUGUAUUUUAUCCACGAGUCAAUAACAGAUGUCUUAGUUUGGGAUUUUGCAGCCAAGACCUUUGUCGAAGCCACGGGGAAAGAGGUUCAUUGUGGUAACAUUGAAGCUGUCAGUAGCAAAGAAAAAUCCAAAUUCCCACAGGAUUUUUUUCCAGAGUGCAAAUGGUCUCGUAAAGGUUUCCUUCGCACGAGGUGGAAUCUCAACGGAACUGUUUUUGAUCUUAUCAACAUACAUUUAUUCCAUGAUGCAUCAAAUUUCGUCUCCAUGGAAUCGUUUCCAUCUGUGUAUUGUAAGAAUAGAAGGCGAGCUUUGGAACACACUUUAGACAGGUUUCACAAUGACAGCAACGGGAUAGCGCCAUUCUUCCUGUUCGGAGACUUCAACUUCAGGACUGAUUCUCAGGGAGUUGUGCAGAAGUUGGCCGCAGGUUUGAGUCCGGUGCGUGUACAGGGUGUCAAGAACACAGACCACACAAAGCUGCAGUACAGAGAUGAUGCUAGCGAGGUGGUACUGUCGUUGGGAAAGAAAGAAUUCUGUCACAGAGAUCACCAGACAGUAUUUUAUGAGGAUGAUGCAAUGUGGCUGAAGGAGUUCGACCACGAGUUGGAGCCGUUCGAAGGGCGGCUGUUCGAGUUCCCGAUCGGCUUCCCGCCCAGCUACCCGUUCGAGGAGAACGAGAAGGGGGCCAAGCACUACAUGCAGACGCGCUGCCCCUCGUGGUGCGACCGCAUCGUGCUGAGCAGCACGGCCAAGUCCCUCGUGCGCGGCAUUUCGGAUAGCAGUAGUGUGGAGUAUGGAAUCAUAGGAUCUGAUACCUGCAUGGGUGACCACAAGCCAGUGUACCUGAAGCUGGAUCUGAUGACGAACGCAGGUACAGUUAAGUGUUGCUCCCUGCUUGCCGGCGAAGACUCCCCUCUCGUGCACCCUUGCAGCCGCUACCUGCCUGAGAAUGCCUGGCCUUGCACCAAAAGCAUGACCUUGAACACGGACCACCUGUUUGUCCCCGACUCCAGGAAACCAGUCACCCUCUUCGAGGCCAUCAGCAUAAACGUGGACAGCGAGAACCACUUGCUGCUGCCGGCCGCGCCCUUCGAGCCGUACACGCCCGAGAGCGUGGACACGCCCUCCCUGUCCCCCUCCCUCCUGCACCUCGACCAGUUCCAGGACGCCGUGGAGGAGCGCCUUAGCCGGUACAGCUCCCUGCAGGCCGACUGCUGCGACGACUGCGACGGCAAGGCCGUGACGGUGCCCCGCAAGAAGUUCUCCCAGGGGUCGUUCGACGACAACGCAGACUACCCCAUGUUCCGGUGGUUCGCGAGUGCCUGCGGGCCGGCGGCGGAGAGCGUGCUCGUCAAGGCCAACACCCCGGAGAUCGUCGUGCACGACUCUGACGGCUGCUACACGGUCCAGCACCUGGGGCUGCCGAGCGAUGACGCCGCGGGGAGCGGAACCGAAGAGGCCGGGAGGGUUGCGCCCGUGGUCUCGGUGGAGUCGCUGAGCGAUUCCGUCUCGGACGGCGAAGGUCCCGCCGCGCACGAUGCGGAAGUGUUCGGUAGGUGUCGCAGCGACCCGUCCCUGAACGGACGUUCGCCCCGUUCGAGAACUGGCGAGUUGGCCGGACUGCGCGCUGCGGUGAGCUGCGGCGAGGAAUGGCGUCUCGCGCAGGGAAGUCGCGGCACGAGCUCGUUCGGAACGCGAGCCGUCGCUCGCCCGUCCUUGCCUGGCUCUCCGGUUGGAUCGGUGCGGGUUCCGGACGAACCGAGGGGAAACAGCGUAUCUCCGGGACCUGCCGUUUACCCGUGCAGGAGCUUGGUCAGCCUCGCGCAUGACGAGCUGUCCCAGAAACAGCUAUCAAACAACGUGGUCAGCGACACGUUCGCAAACAGCAGAAGUGUGUUCUGCGAGCCCGUGAUGUACCCGGACGUGUUGAGAACUAUGGUUCCCAAUAAUAAUGAUGAUUUCUGUACAAAAGAGACUUCCAAAUAUUUGGGAGGCAGCAACAGCACGUCUCGAAGGAAGUCGGAAGCGAUGGGUGACGGUGAGGUUGAGUUUGACAGCAUACCGCUGAAGCACUUUGAAGAGAAGACUGUGAUCGCAUCGCUGCCAUCGCCUGAAGAGACUGACGUUGUCCAGGUGUAUGGUCCAAACAAACACAGGAGAUUCAGUUGCUGCUGUGUGAAUUGAUCGCCUCACCCCCCUUCCCCCCUCAACCCACCACUACCCCUGCCAAACCUCUUAUUUAUAUGCCUCUAAUAUUCCUACCCUGUUGUAGUAAUGUUGUUGUUCUUUGUUGUUUUUGUUGAUUGUAUUGAGUUUGUAUGUUUUUUUUUUUGUAUGUUGUGUAUAAGAUGACUGUACAUAUUUUACGUAGUUUUGCACAAUCACCACCCUGGUUGGCAAAAAUUUCUGGCAUGUGCUGAUUGUAUAGCACCAAAUGUUCAUUUUUAGCAAUGACUAAACAAUUUGUGUAGGAUUGUUGUGGCUUUGUGCACGUUACCAGUAGUAGACAGUUUGGUGUUUAAGAAGUUUGAUCGUUGUAUGCAUAACGUAGCUUUGUUAUAACAUUUAGUGUAAUUUGAUGUUGGAGUAUAUUAAAAUUAAGGGCUAAAGUAAUAUUUGUAGGCUGUAGAUAUCACAAGAUAAGUUCACAUUGGUGAAUUCAUUAGUCUUCUGAGAAUUUCAUCUCAGUAGCAGAGCACGUAUUGUCGACAAGUCAUUUUCUGUGUGACUACUUUUAAACACUGGUUAGUUCUCACGGGGAUUGUUCAAUUGGCAAUUAACUAUUUCACAAGGCUUUAUUACCACCUACAAAUAAAUUUGUAGUUAAAGUUGAUAGUCCGAAUAGCUUUUGUAAUGAUUUAAAUUUUUCUAUUGUGAAAUUCGCAAAAAUAUUUUUUCUGUCCAAAAAAAAUAACAUUGAACAAAAGUCAGUAGCAUCGUCACCAUAAUUCUUUUUAGCAUUUAGUUCAUGUAAAAGCUUAAGAUAAGUCUUAUUUUCAAAUAUUGCAUGGAUAAAAACUUUUUAUUUAAUGUUAAUGGGAAUAUAAUUGGGGUAUCCAAAGUUUUACUAUCAUGGACAACUUUUUAAUACAAAAGUACCAGUUGACCCAUUUAAAAAUUUACUAUUCCAAGGUUGUGUUUGCUGUACCCAGGAAAUCUGUUGCGUAGAUAAUACCAGCAACCUUUAUUCAGGAGGAGCUAUUCAGCCUUAAAUAUGUGUGUGUGUGAAUCCUAGAGUACUAUGCAACAAGAAAGCUGAUAAAAAUUAUUAUUCAUGACUUGGUUUCCAGAUGGAAUGUUAUUUUAAAGGCAAUCGUUGCAUUUGUUUUGCUGAGCUACACUUACCCAUCUUAGCAAUCUAGUAAUGAAGCUGUCUAUAUAUGGUAGAGAAAUGAAGAUAAAGGUGAAAUGCAAGUUUCUUGAGUGCUUUCAAGAAUCUGUACCGGUUGUUUUACAGCUAAAUAUUAUUCAGAAAACGCAUGUUCUAGCCAUUUUCACCCUUCUAAAAAUACUUGAAAAUAGACCUACUCAUCUGUCCUCAGAGUAUUCCUAAAUAUAAACAGACGCCACUCAAUUACGUUGAACCGGUUUUUAAAUCACGUUGUUUGUUCUGCGUCUCCGGCACACCGUAUUUGUGCCCGGUUAGGCGGGGCCUUAAGUUUGAAAUAAGUUAACAGUUUAAGCUUGGCUCGCAUCACAUUGUACAAGCAACAACCAGUUAACUUCCUGCAGACUGGCCUGUGAUUGUCGGCUUUCUACGGCAAGCUUGCCUUGCCGUCUGGACCAUUCCAUGCACAAAACUUGAUGACUUUAAGUUACUGUGCAAGUCUCACCAAUCCAACCCGUGGUCAAAGCCUUAUCCUUGGUGUCUAGUCAUUAACAUGAAAAUACUAACAGAUUUUAAGCUUUUUUUGAUGAUUAUUUUCCUGAGUGAUGUGUUGUAUGCAUCUUGCUAUGCCACAGUUUAUUUUAAUGUAAGAAAGCAGAAGCAGCUUUGGGACCACUCAUACUGAUAACUGCAGUUAAAAUUACCAAUUUAUUUUAAAUAGACAUGCUUUUAGGAUUGGGACGUGACUUGUACUGAUGAAGGAUGGUUCUAUUUUAAAAAAAUUAUUAAAUAAAUAAAUAAAUAUGUCUUGCAGCGUAAGUUAGACAUGGUGUUUCAUAAUAGGCCAGUAUGUAGCACAAAGAAAUUUUUUGGCAAUUUUUGUACUGAAAAAAUUUGAAUUGUUGAUUCAUUAAUAACACAGUUUUUUUUUGUCUACAUGUGGGUAUUUAAUCUAGCAGAGGAUUUUAUACAGAGUUGACAGAAUAUUGUUCAAAUGUUUAUUUUUACAACGCUCUUGCUAGCUACCCAAGCAAUUUUCAGAAUAUGGUUUGCUAGAAUGUUUCCUGACGACAGUAAUAUGCUUGAUUGUGUUUUUACUGUAGAUGUAAAUUAUUGUACAUAGUUCCCGGUAGUGUAUCCAGGUCUGUCAGGCGCCCUUGCAGAGACGUCACGGCAGCGUCGCACCUGCCUCGUGUACAUACGGCUCUCGGUCCCGCGACGCACUCUCGCGCCACGCUCGCACCUUCGCUCAUUUUCCUGCAGCCCUCGUUGGCUGUGAACUCGCUUGCGUGCCCACCCUCGCGGGCCCUCGAGUGUCCCAGCUCACGUCCCUGGUCGGCACUCCCGCUUCACCAGCGCGUUCCUCGUUGCAGUGUUGCCCUGUUGCCAGGUGUACGCCAUAGAGCACACUAGUUUUAGACACAACAUUUUAAUGUAAUGCAAUUUAUUUCUAAAGGAAAACUUUGGAAUGGGAAUUUUGAAAGUAUACAUUUUCCUGUUGUAUUUAAUCAAGAGCAUCAUCUGAUAUUAUUUUUUUUAUUUCCAAGGAGUCUUAAUUGAAAGAUGCCAUCUUGGUUUCAGCUGUUUUUGUUGACAAUUUUUUUUUAUUUUAUUUCUUUUACAUCACUUGAAAUUGAUAAUGAUUGCUCUUUUGAGCUUAGCACAUAAUUUUAUGUAAUGCCGUUUGACCAACUGUCUCCUGUAAAAUAAUAGAUGGUGUUUAGAAUUGGAUUUUUUUUUUUCGUCAGAAUGAAUAGAACUGUAAUAAUACUGGUAAUGGAUGCUGAUGUAUGGUCUUAAACAAAUUUAAAAAUGGUAAAAUAAAAAAAAUUAUUAAAACUUAUUAUUUUUAAAGAUUGUACGGAAAAUAAUAUUUUUAAUGUUAACGAGCCAGGUGUUAUCUCUCUGGCAACAGCGGUCACCAUUUACUGUGAACUGCAAUCCAAUCCCGAGACAAUACAGUUUACUGGCCAUUCGUUAUCACUCCAUUUUCUGCUCCUCUGUCUCUCUUCACAUUUUUUCGUGAUCUCUUUCCGUAAAAUAGAUAAGUGAAUCUCUGUGAAUCUAACAGAACUUAUUUUAUCACUCUUGUUUCUGCCAAUGGUAGACAUUUUGUGUUGAAAUCCAGCAUGCAUGCUUUGUGCUGUCUCUCUCUCUUUAAGGUUGUCACGUGCAGAAAUGUGCAUUUUGUCGCAGCAAUCAAAGUUUAUUGAAGUGAAACUUCUUUGGGCACGAUGAGGUGAAAUUUCAAGGCCAAAUUUUAAUGCAAAGUUUUCGUUAAACGUUGUGAAAUGUCUCUGGCAUGAAAAGGACACCGAAUAGGUACUUAACCAAAGAGCUAUAAAGAGAGCACUAUGCUAUAAAUGUUGCUGGGCUCAUUUUCUUUCUUCUCUUUGUGGGAUGAUACGUCCCCCGCCCAAAAAAAAAUAUAACAUAGAGAGAGAUGGAUGAACGAAAGAAUAAGUGUCAGAGUGUGCACGUGCAUUUGUUUAAGAAAAUAGAUAUAGGUAUUGUAUAUAGUAAGCUGUGAAUGCCUUGAAUGUUAUAUUUUCUACCAGCGCGCUAGCGUUCCUUCUUGUUCAACCAGCAGCGUAGAGAGCGCUAUUGAGACAGUCCCUGCAUUUCCCGCAUAAUAUCGCUACCUGUUAUGGAUGUCACAUUAUGUUCAGAAAUUUGGCGUGUUCCAAAUGACAGAAUUGUUUGAAGAAAAAAAAACAGUAACAUGCACAUUUCAACAGUGACUAAUAUUUAUUGUUAACUAAUCAUUAUUGAUUGAUCAAUUAAUUAUUGAUAUCCUGAGCAGAUGUUUUGAAAUGGGCAAUGAUGAAGUUAAUUUGUGUUUAUUUAGAAUAUUGUCUUCUUUCUCUCUCUUCGAUGUUUUACUCAUGAUAUACUUACGAGUUGAGGUUGGAAUCUUCAAAGAAGUUUCACUUCCGUAACGUAUACCGAGUUACACGCGCUCUUUUAUUAUUAUUGUUGUUGUUGUUAUUAUUAGAUACAGAGCCUUGAGAGUCCGAGGUGGCCGUACUCGCGACGGCAUCCUGCGACAACAAUCCGGCGCGACUCGUAUUAGCGAGUAACGAGUCAGUGGCCAGGUGGUUCGGAGCCCACUGUGUGACCUCGGAGGUCCCGCGCCUUGAAGCCCCCGCGCUCCGUCGAGCGACGUCCAAUCAAAUCAACAGUACCUUGAAUUGCAAACGCUACGCACUAUGAGACUGCCAUUGCGGUGGUGUGUCGUUUUCAGGUUGUGAUGGGAAAUACUAGUUGCACUCUCCGCCUCAUAAAGUACCUGCUGCCCGACUGGCAUGAAAUUUCGUCAGUCUGAAAAAAAAAAAUAUUUUAAUAUUUCAACAGCUUUAUUCCUUUCAUAUUGCCUGUUUUUUUUUUUUUAUUAUUUGUAUUGAGUAUUAGCAGUUGAUGAAAACACCUCAUUAUAACUUUUGUGUUCUCGUCGGAAAGUGCAUACAGUAAUCGCUGGCAUGAUACUUAUUUUCCAGUCUUAGAGAAUCCUUGUAUUUCUGCUUGUUGUUUAUUUUAUUUAUAUGUACAUAUAUGUAAGUUGUUUUGUUGUCAAACAUUUGACCAUCCAAGGCUCAUUAUAAUCAUUUUAUUUGUCAAUUUAGUCUUUCCGAUUGCACUCGAGUAUUUAAUUGUUCUUUUUGUUACUUCCUAGUAAAACUUUAAGUCAUGUAUUUUGGUUUCAUAAUCCUAGUUGAAAUUAGUGAGCAGCUGGCCAUUAGUUAGUUUUUAAUCAGUUUUAUAUCUUUAAUUUGUAUCUUUCACUAGAUGUAAAAGUUGUAACAUUUUUGUCUCGCAUAUUAAAUGUUUUGCACGUUGAGUUAAGAGUUCCUCUGAACGCAUUUGCAGUUUGUUUUUCAAUGUUUUUUUUUUUUUUUUUUGCUCUCUGUUUUUAUACAAAAGUAGUCCAAUAAUUUAUUUAGCUUUUGCUGUUAUGUAGAUUGUAUUCUGAUCAGUAAACAACAACUAUAAAGUGAA